UGGCUUACAGGUUUCGUUGACAGCCAGAAAAUUAAAAAAAAUCAAAUAAGAUACAAUAAAAAAUAAUUUAAGCCAUAAAAAAAUUAAGAAGAGAAUGAAAGUCACCGAAUGUUUUUUUCGGAUUUAAUAAAAACUAAAAAGUUAAUGCUACUGUUAAUAAUAUGGAAAUUUGGGAAAAAUUUAUUGAUGCUUAUACAAGUUUCAAAGACAUUAGCAGUUUUAAAAAGACAAUUUCUUAUGCCCGAAUUGUACUUGCAAAUGACUUAACUGACUUUGAAUUGGAUUGGUUUGUAUCAUCUUUGCUCCAUCAGCCAGUUAAUCUCUUAGACACUCUCCAGAAGAAGCGUGGAGACUCGGUGUGGAUUGAAUCUAUUGUGGAUGCCCUGACUCUGCUAGCAAAUUUAUUACAAACUCAUCAUAAUGGAUUACACCAUUAUUAUCAUCAGAUUGUGCAGGUGUGUUCAAUAGUAUCCGAUGGUGCUUGCCGUACCCCUGCGCUAACAUGCUUGUUACAUACAAGCCACCAUAGUGCCGCUCCUGCUAACCUACAGCAUUUAUUAGCUGAGUUUGAGUGCCCUCGUGUAUCAAGCCGUGGCCCUCUUGGACUACUUAUUGGGUCAAUUUGCCGGUCAUGGCCCCAAGUAAUAGAGGAGCAACGUGAGAGAGUAUGGCGGAUUUUCCUACAAGUGCUGGAAGAUGAACAGUUGUCAGGGACUGCCAGAGCAGCAGUACUGGAAGGUGCGGGUGGCAUAUUAUCAGCAUGUGGGCCUGAGCUACCCACUGCUGAUCUUUUAGGAUUCUAUAACCUGCUACGUACCGCUGUAUUUUUUCACCCACGAUGCCAUACUGUUUGCAUGCGCAUUUUACGGUGUCAUGUGUCGUUGUUCUGCGAACGAGCUAGUGAGGAUACAAUGUUGCGUAUGCGUUUAUGGGAACUCGGAGUCGAACCUGCGUAUCGCGCGCUUUCCGCCAUUUACCACCAGAUGGCGCGCAAUCCUCAGCUAUACACUACGCUGGCAGCUGAGGUGCUGAAGUACGCUGUAGCCUCGCAGGCCGCCGCUCGUGUUGUUGCCUUGCGAGUGCUUCACGAGUUACAUACAUUGCCGGAUAGCAAUCUGCCUUCACCUCUCUGUUACAUACAUGUUCCUAAACUUGAGUUUAAUCUUCGGGGUGACGUUCAAAAUGAUGACGUUGUUCUAAUAGCGUGGUGCAUAGAAACUGGGGUGUCGGGUGCAUCAGAGCUCGUCAGUGCUUGGAUAGAGAGGAAUACUCCGCUAUUGUCUAGCAGGGAGAAGCAUCUGGCGCGAGCUGUCCUUGCUGCGCCAUAUUCUUUGAGAAAGGCGAGUAGGUGA